UUCGUAUAUAAACCGGCAACCUGUUGAUCCACCUCAGUCGAUAUAGAAAGUUCGAUCCGCAAUCACGCAGAAACAAACAGCCGAAAAAUGACCAAGACCAGAGUUUACGUUAUCGGAGUGGGCAUGACCAAGUUCGAGAAACCCGGUCGCCGAGCGGAUGUUUGCUAUCCGGACUUCGCCAAGGAGGCCAUUACGAAAGCUCUCCAGGAUGCGGGCAUCAAGUUCGAGGAAGUGCAGCAGGCGGUGGCUGGCUACGUCUAUGGAGACUCCACCUGCGGACAGCGGGCCAUUUACGACGUGGGAAUGACCGGCAUUCCGGUGUACAACGUGAACAACAACUGCUCCACGGGAUCCAGUGCUCUGUAUCUGGGCAAGCAGAUUGUCGAGAGUGGAAACGCCGACUGCGUCCUUGCCCUGGGAUUCGAGAAGAUGGAGCGUGGAUCCCUGUCCUCAAAGUAUUUCGACCGCGCUAAUCCCAUGGAGCGACACAUCACCGAGAUGAGUGAGCUGACAGAGAUCGGAGCUGGUCCCAUGGCUGCCCAGAUCUUCGGCAAUGCUGGCAAGGAGCACAUGCAGAAAUAUGGCACCAAGCCCGAGCACUUUGGCAAGAUCGCCUGGAAGAACCACAAGCACUCGGUUAACAAUCCCUACUCGCAGUUCCGCGAUGAGUACACUCUGGAGCAGAUUAUGAAGUCGCCCCAGGUUGUGGAGGGAGUGCUGACCAAGCUGCAGUGCUGUCCCACCUCCGAUGGAUCCGGAGCCGCCAUCCUGGCCUCCGAGGCAUUCGUCCGUCGUCAUGGAUUGGAGAAGCAGGCCGUCGAGAUCGUGGGCAUGGAGAUGGCCAGCGAUCCGGCCUCCACUUUCGCCGACAAGAGCCUGAUGAAGAUUGCUGGCACGGACAUGACCCGCCUGGCCACCCAGCGCUUGUUUGCCAAGAGUGGCUACAAACCCCAGGAUGUGCAGGUGGUGGAGUUGCACGAUUGCUUCUCGGCCAACGAGCUGGUGACCUAUGAGGCACUUGGACUAUGCGGAGAGGGCAAGGCCGGCGAGUUCAUCGAUGCCGGCGACAACACCUACGGCGGCAAGUUCGUGGUGAACCCCAGUGGCGGUCUGAUCUCCAAGGGUCAUCCUCUGGGAGCCACUGGUCUUGCCCAGUGUGCUGAGCUCUGCUGGCAGCUGCGUGGUCUGGCCGAGAAACGCCAGGUGCCCAAUGCCCAGUUGGCCCUGCAGCACAAUCUGGGAUUGGGAGGAGCUGUGGUGGUGGCUCUCUACCGCCUGGGCUUCCCGGGUGCCUCCAAGGCAAAGUUGUAAAGGGUGGGAACUGAAUUUUUGUAUAUAUUUUUAUUAAAAAAAUAAUGUUUUUAA